AUGGGUUGGUUUGUGAAGGAAAGACGUGGAGGUGCAUGGAAGCGAGGAUGGUUAGAAGAAACACUAUUCACGUCAUCAGCACCUCCUCUUAAACUACUUACUCUCUUAGCCAUCAUAUCUCUGCUCCUCUUCCUAUCAUCAUACCCACGUUACCGUUCCUGCAUCGAGUUCUAUUCAAGUCCUCUUACUCUGUCAGAGCAAAGCAGGCUGGUUCUCUUUUUGGAGAAGGUCACUUUCCCUGGGGAGUCUUGCUGA